UCAGUGGAAUCGUUCGAAUGAGCUUGUUCCGAAAAAUUCGAUACAAUUGUACAAUAUUCAGAAAUCGAUGCCAAAAAACAUAGACAACCAAUAAUGGCGCGUAGUAAAAUUUGGAAAUAUUUUGAUAAGUUAGAUCUACAGACGGCACAAUGUCUGCUGUGCGAAAAGAUAAUCAAGACAUGCGGCAACACCUCCAACCUGAUGAAGCACAUGAAAACCCAUCCACAAAUCGAUGUCAACGAUCAUGAUUCGGUUGUGGUGCGCGGCAUGCUUAAGCGAGACUCGAAUCGCAUCCGGGUUCGUGGCAAAAAAAUGCUCAAGUACGCAUCCAUUAAAAUAAAACCGGAGGCGACGCGGGAUAUAGAUGCAGAGACCGUUGCCGACAUGGAUGGCAACAUAAUUGAGCUGGUCGACGCAGAGGCGCAUGCGGCCGUCGUAAGCGUUGUGAAUGAAGAGACAUAUGCCAACUGGGCGGCAGCAGAGGCAGAAUCGGCCACUGAAACAGUUUGUGCCGAGGAUAUUAUUGAAUUUGAGCCAAAAGAAGCACAAGAACAGGCCGAACAGGGCACCCCAUUAUAUCAUAUAGAAGACGAACCGCUACCCGAAGUUGAACUAUUGGUCAGAAAUUUGCAAACGCCAUAUAAUACGACUUAUCAGGAUAAUCUGGCCUACUUUGUGUGCCACGACAAACAGCCCUUGAAGAUUAUCGAGGGCGAGGGCUUUAAGCGUCUGGCACAAGUGCUUUGCCCCGUCCUGCAGAUGCCCAGCGUUGAUCAGCUGGGCGCACGGAUUGCGCAAAAGACACAGCAACAAGUGGCACAGUUUCGCCAGCAGAUAGCACAAAUCCAAACGCUCUCGCUGAGUUGCGCCAUAAACACAACGCCAUCGACUGGCAAUAAGGAGAAGCAGAACAGUUAUCUGGAGGUGGCAGCGCAUUAUCACGAGGGUCUCCAGAGACGUUCCCGCACGCUGUCCGUGCAAAUGCUGCCGGUGCAGUAUAACGCCAGCAAUAUUGUGGAGCGCCUUGAUCGCGUCUGUCAGCGCUUCGACAUUGACAAAUCGAAGAUUGUGUGCAUUGUGAGCCGUAGCAGCCGAAUGCUGGAAACUGCAAUUGCCACGCUGCUUGGCGCACAGCGACAUAUGCCAUGUUUUGCCCAUCUGCUUGAGACGAUCUUUGAAUCAGUGAUGGAGCGUUCGGAGUUUAGAGCACUGUGCGAUAGGGUGCGUCAAUUGACAAAAACUGCUGAUGUGAUGAGUCGUGCGAUGGGCAGCUACGAGAUGCUGGAGAGUCAUUUAAGGCAUGCUGCACAGUUGCAAAAGACGCUGUCAUCGAGCGAAUUGGAUCUGGCUGCAGAGUUGCUCGCCGUGCUGGCACCCUUGGCAAGUGCUGUGCGUCAGUUGUGCGGCGCGAGCGUGGAUACGUAUCCAUGUGCCAGCCAGGCGCUGCCUAUCGCUUUCACUGUUCUCAACGAGCUGAAGCAUCCGGAGAAUGCCGAACAGCAACAGCAUCAGAUCGCGUAUGAGUUGCGACUGUUUGUCAUCCGACUGCUGGAAGAGCGUUUCGAGGGCAUGGAGAAGAAUAUGCAGUUGGCAUUGGCCAGUCUACUCGAUCCUCGCUAUCGGAAUAUGCCCUUCCAAAAUGCAUCGCUGUUGGCCAAAUAUAUGACACAUCUGUACGAUCUGUAUAUGGAGAAGGGUGAGGUCAGUACGGAUGAAGUUGGUGAAGAAGCCACCACUGUUCACACCACCUAUGACAUUUGGACUGCCUUCAGAGCGAUCUCCCACGAGAAACACAAGCAUAUCACAAUGAACGGUGAGAGCGAGAAUGAGGAUGAGAUAUCCAGUUAUUUCUGCACAAGCAUAAGCAGUUUGCAGUCGGAGCCGUUGCUGCUAUGGAAAGACUUGUCCCAAUUUCAUCCGUUCCUGCACAGUAUGGCCAAGAAGUAUCUGCACAUUCCGGCGGCGGCUAUGCCACCAGCACGAAUAUUUACAGCCGCUGGGGCGGAGAUAUUGGAGCAACAUGGCAAAUUGUUGGGCGAUCACAUGAGCAACAUGCUUUUCAUGGCCGAUUGCAACCAGCAGGAGUGGCAGUUAUAGUAUAUAGAUAUAUAUUUAUGGCAUACAAGCAAACAUAUUAAUAUUUUAGCGAAUUUUAUCAAAUAAGAUCCCAUAACCAGUUUUAGCAUCUACAAACACUAUUUGUCUAUCAAAUCAAGAGAUCCAAAUGUGUAUCAUGUCCUGCAGAUACCCUCUAGUACCUCUCGAUAGAUAGUUUAUUCAUAAUGUUAGAGCA